AUGGAAUUAGCAUUUCUAAAUGUUGAUGACCAAGUAUCAGUCAUUGCAUUGGUACUUGGUAGUUUUAUUUUAAUAUUUGGUCUUGUAUCAUAUCUUGUAAGAGGAAAAAUAUAUAUAUCAGAGACACUCAUAGCUUUUAUAGUUGGCGUUAUAGUUGGACCUUAUGUCUUAAACAUAAUUAAUCCUAAAAGUUUGGGAGAUGUAAAUAUCAUGGCCAAACAAUUUACUAGGAUUGUAAUAGCAAUACAGGUUAUGGCAGCAGGUGUUGUUUUACCAAAAGCAUACUUACGAACAGAAUUCAGAUCUAUAAUAAUUCUGGUUGUUCCUGUUAUGUCAUGGAUGUGGGUUGUUAGUGGACUUGCUGUUUAUUUAUUCGUACCGCGACUUACUUUUUUGGGUGCAUUAUUGAUUGCUUCAUCGGUAACACCAACUGAUCCUGGAAAAUAUGCUGAAAAAUAUGUUCCUGCUAAUGUCAGAGAUGCCAUAUCAGCCGAGAGUGCGGCAAAUGAUGAAGCUCUUGGAAAAUGGGUGUAUUAUAUAAUGGUUUAUCAAAUCCUUUUAUCUGUAGUGAUUGGAUUUGUUAUUGGUUAUAUUGGUAGAAAAAUUAUUUAUUGGGCAUUUCAAAGGGGAUUUAUUGAUAAGGAGGUUUUCUUGGCUUUUAUAAUUGUAUUGGCUUUCUUUGUUUUGGGAAUUGUUGGAAUUAUAAGUAGUGAUGAUUUAUUAGCAUCUUUUAUAACAGGUGAUUGGUUUCGUAAAGAAAUGCAUGGGUCAAAUGUUCAAGAAGUUAUUGAUAUGCUUUUUAAUAUGACAAUAUUUGUAUUUAUUGGAACUGCCAUGCCAUGGUCCUCCUAUAAUGAUGAUUAUUUAGGCUUAUCAUAUUGGCGUUUAAUUUUGAUGGCUAUUUUUAUACUUUUCUUUCGUAGACUUCCUAUUGUUAUGGCUUUAUUUAAAUUUAUGCCUGCUGUAAAAACAACUCAAGAAGCUUUAUUUACUGGUUGGUUUGGUCCAAUGGGUGCAGUGUUUUAUGCUCAAGUUGCAAGAGAAACCUUUACACAUUAUAAUAAUGAACUUGAAAAUCCUGAUGACCCUAACGCUCGUGUGAGAGAUUUGAUUGUACCAGUGAAUUAUCUUCAUAAAGUAAAAAUAAUAAAAGUAAGAAAAAACACUGAAAAAAUCAAUGUCGAUGGUGAUAAUAACACGAAGGGUGGAAAUCUUGAUAUUGUUGUUAUUAAUGAUAAUGAAAAUCCGACUGCCUCACAACAAAACAGUUAUACUUUGAUGACUUUAGAAAAUCAAGAUCAAGAACUUAAUAUCAUAAAUGUAAACAAUCAUAAAAAAUAUGCCAUUUAUAAUGAUGAACAGGAUAAUCUUUUUAUCAAGGAUGAAAAAGAUGGUUCAAUGUAUGUUAUUUCAAAUAAUCCUCUAUCAGAAACUGCAACCGUGACCAUAACUACAACUACUGCUGCUGAUAAACUAGAACAUGUUGGUGAUGAUCCACAUUUGAAUAACAAUGAAUCAAAUAAAAGAUCUUCAUCGACAUCUUUACUCCAGGCAAAUUUUUAA